GCAAACUUAAUUUUCUAAUAUUAUUUCAAUCAUAUACUUCAUUUUUUAGCUGAAAAAGUUUUAUGAAACUAGUAUCUAUAAUAUCUUGUAGUGCGAUAUUUAAUAAUUUGAAAUUCUAAUAAUGCGAUGCGAUUAAGAAACAAUAGCAUAAAAUCAAUCAUAUAAGAAAUACAUAAAGUAUGCAUUUUGUCGUCACGUAAGACGGUUUCUUUUCCAAGAAAACGGUAAAAUCGGCAGAUUGAAUCGCAGUGUUGUAUGCGGGUGUACCGCUAAUAGCAAAUGAGCUCGAUAAGACUCGCAAUACAAACCGGGUAUUACAAGCGAAAUCGAUCAACCAUCACACUCUGCCGUUUUUACAUUCAUUAUGAAACUUAAAUUUGAAAUUUCUUCUUUAAUCGCACUCGGAAGUGUGCAGCUGUGCUGAUCGUAUCCUUACAGUGGAAUUUCGAAAUUGUUCGUGUUCAAUUUCAUAAAUAUCGCGUGCCACUUCGCGCAUUCAUUGGCAUACAUUCGUUAGCUUCUAUCAUUAUAGUCACACAUGAAAUUCUUCAUACCUUUUGCAUAUGUAAAGCUGAUCGUAAUGAAUAUUUUUUCGUCCACCAUUUCUGACGGAUGCAUCAAGAUUCGAAUUGAUGGGAAGAAAAGAUGAUGUAAGGAAAGAAACUUGAACUGAAUAAUGAAGCAAUUCAGAGUUUGUAAAACAAUAUUGACGUAUAGUAAAUAUUAGACAGACGGAUAUAGUUCGUCAAAGCUUCAGCAUUUAAGCAACUAAGCAUAUGCAAGACGUACUUAUAAACGAAGAUAUAAAGAUAUGCAUAUAUUUUCGAAUGUAACUUGUAAAAUAUAAUAUAAAUAUGAAACGUUAUAAUAAAAUAUUACAAUUAAUAUCGCCCUUACAUCCACUUUCUAUCGAUUAACUUAUCGUUAGAAUGUUGUUUCACGCACUGAAGUGAAAGAAAUAAUUUGCAAAAGCGCAGAAAAUAUCUUCCACGAUUUAUCUCUGUUUUCUCGCGCAAGGAUAUUCUGCGAGAAGAUGAUUUAUUUCUCCCGGUAUCUUUGUCAAGGUGUUUGCAACGCCACAACUCGUUGUAAAAUAUAAGACGAUUCUCGGCAAAGUGGGGGGAUGGAUGGGGGUGGUCGAUAUUAACUGCGAAGCAGAGUUCCUUUCUCGGUGGAGAAUGCGGUGGCGAUAGUCACAUGCCGGCCGCGGUUGAAUUCGUACUCUUGCUGUUGUGUUCCCACAUUCCUCUGCUAUUUCAUAAACGUAACGAUUUACGGGUCGUACAUAUACACAUGCCACUGAGAUCAUCGAUGAACGGUGAGGAAUCGAAUUCGCGAUCGCGGGAGAUCAUGACGGACAAUCGGUGGCGUCCGAGGGACGAGACGUAGGGGGAUAUGUCCGGCUGUUUGUCAUCAUCUAUGACAGGAUCGACAGAUGCGGGGCCGCUGCAGCCCCAGGAAGAUCCCGCGCCGCUUCUCGCUGCUCGACCACUGUCGAGUUACGACCUUGGGUCGAGCGUAUCGGAGGGCGACGGUUCGUCCGCUCGACGAAGUAGUCGUCAUCGACAUCAAUCGAAACGUAGGAUGACAUCCGCUCCGCCGUCUGGGCAAACGAUACAACUGACUCCUCUCUGGGAGCAUGUGGUGCGUACGCGUAGGUUUCCGUCCGAAGUCGAUACGCAGGUAACCUUUGUCGAGAUCUCCGAGAGACUCCGGGAUCCGGAAUGGGAAGUGCGCCAACACGCUUUGCGGGUGCUAAUGGACGUUCUACCGACAUUGAAUACCGAUGUCGUUGACAAGGUCAUGCAACCGGUGGUGCCGGAGCUGAUCAAUAAUUUGGGACAUCCAGCACCGGCGGUUCGUAAAGGCGCCCUGGACACGUUACGGGUCUAUCUCGUUCAUAGUCCUAACAGAGAGAUCAUGGUCAAAAAUAUCCUUCAUGACGGCUUGAAUCGUCCGGAUGCCCAUAAUCCAUUUCAGACAAAUGUGACGACGGGUGUGAUUUUAAGCGCACCUUUGUUGCUCUUUCCAUCCUCCAACAGUCCUUCCCCUCCAACGCAGAUCCUUAAGGAUGUUACCAUCGCUUUCGCCUCACGAUUGGUCCAGGUACCGCAUCAAGAGGCUGUUCUGAAAUCUCUCAUGAAGAUUCGCGACACAGUUGGCGAACAAGAAUUUGAAAGUUAUCUGGCAGAUUACGACGAUAAAUUAAAGAAAAAUAUUGACGUUCUCUCCAAGAUUUAUAACAUUAAGCCAAGCAAAAAGAAACGAGAAAAAAAUCGCACGCAGGAUAUCAUAAAAGCUGACGCGAAGGAACGUAUCUUCGAUAAAUCCUGGGAUAGCGAUAGCGAUACUUCCGGUAUCGCCGAAGAGGAGGAUGAGGCCCCAAAUGCCGGAGGUGCAAUACCACCGGCGAGAGUCGUUCUGGAGACCGAGAUCAAGUUUAACGAGGAGACGGCCAUCACAAUGACAAUUCUGGAGGAGAAGGACGAGGAUGAUAGCGAGAACGAGGAGAGGGGAAACAAAAGCGAUAACGAUGCGAACAACGGCGUUAUUGAGGAUCUGUCGUCUGCCGAUAAACGCAAAACGCCUAGGCGCGUUCACUUUGGUGGCGAGAUUGUUAAGCUAAGAACUCCCGAUAGUGAUGAGACAGAAUCGAUCGAAAUAACACCCAAAACGAGGAUUCCCCUUCCGGUAUCGCCGGCCACAAAGAUGCCAGAGACGACAAGGAGACGGCCUUCCUCGCAACCCUGCAGUCCUCAUGUAGAGAAACGAAGAUCAAAGAGAACUUCCAGGUCAGCAUCUAGCAGUCCGAAGAGAGAGUAUAUGCACAACGCGCAGCUGAGUCCUAAAAAGAGUAUUCUGACAAGGACGAGCGGUCCUCUCAUUAUUAUCAACUCGACGGAGGAGACUAGAAACGCAAAGAAAGUUAGAAAGAGCGAAGAAACGAUUAUAGAAAACGAAAUUUCUCGCCUAAGUAGUUCGCAAGAAGUUGAGGAAACAUUGAGGAAAGAAGAAAUUACGUUGGCUCAAACUAUUCCACCGUCAGCAAAUAAUGAAAACAAAUUAGUGAAGAGCAACGAUGAAAAUAAUACGUUUAAAUCAGCUGAGAUUCCGGCUACGGAAAUCUCAAAGAACGAGCUCUCUUCGAAGGAGAAGCAAGCGAUUCUCGAGAGAGACGAUCGUGCAGACGCGAUCGAUUUGAAUAGAAAAGAAAUUUCUGAAAUCUCUCCAAAGCAAGAAAAGAAUUACACAUCGACGAAAUCAUCAAGUCCAGAUCGAAAGAAAAUACUUCGAGAUAAUAAAGACGACAACGAGAUGGAAAAGAGAGGUUUAAACGAACAAAAAUCGGCAAACAAUUUCUCUCACAGAUCUAGUAGUUUUCCAUUUGGUUCACCAGUUAACGAGUGCGACGUGCGAAUGGAUCGCCUGAUUGAUAGUGAUUUCAUUGAUAACGAUGAUGAGGAUGAUGAACGGGAUGUGCGUAUCUUCGGCACGAUUACGGACGAUCGUACAGUGACUGUCAUGAAAUAUGGUGAUGACGAAGAUUUUGCUAAGGACAGUGAUGAUGACGGACGAAAAGAAUGGCGUGAUCAGCGUGACAGAAAGGAUGCCUCGGAAGGAAACGGAAGCGUCACUUGUAGCAGCAGCGAAGGCGAGGGUAAACCGCAAGAACCUAGCUGGGAGGAAUUGGGCUUAGUCAGUCAGGAAGUAUUGGAUGAUCUGCACAACAAGGAUGAUUGGCGAGCCCGUGUAAGAGGCUUGGAGAGAGUCGCGUCGGCUCUGCGGACAUCCUCGGCGCUAAUCGCGAUAGAAUCGCGAUUAGGAUCGCUCUUGCAUGCGGUGCUCGGCGGCGAAAGGAGCUGCCGGGUAGCCGCCGCCGGCUUAGCGGUGGCGAAGGUAGUGGUUGCCGGUGUGUCGGAGGACGCACUGAGAAAAAGAUUGCCGCAAUUGGCCUGGGGCCUGGCUAGACAAGGUGGUCCAGCCGCGGCGCAGCUUGUUAGGAUCGCGAUGUUGCGGCUCAAACCUAGCCUGCUUUUGGAACAAUUGUUGCAGCCUCAUUGUUUAAGCGCCAGAAAUGCCAAGACGAGAGAAAAUGCAUUACAACUGUUGAUUUUUUCGCUGGUGACGUUCCCGAGUACCGAAUUCAAAUUGGAAACUGUGGCUAGUCGAGUAGCGACUAUGGUCGCGGAUCGACGACGCAGAGUACGUCAAGCUGCACUCGACACUUUGGCUGUUUUGGGACAGAUUUACGACCCUGAGGAGGUUCUCGAAGCAGGAAGACGAGCAGCCGAGGGAUGCGCCGAUGUCGAGGCAAUGCUGGCCGCCAUUAGAGCACGGCUGGCCAGGAAAUCAUUACCUCUAGUGUCAGCUGACGGUCUUGUGGUAUACGGCUUGCAAAUUUCACCGACUGUUCAGAUCGCUACUGGUCCCGACGUUGAUUGGAUAGUAGCGGGAAGCGGUUCGGUUUCCCCUGGCACCGGUCGUACCAGAGGUCAAAUUAUUGCCACGUCUCGAUCGGCACAAGGAAGAACAUCUAGAAACGAAAUCUUAAAUAACCGCGAAAGUCCAUGGAUAGAGAGACCUAAUCUUGUCGCGCUGGGUGUCGGACUACAAUCCAAAACUGAACAAUCAACCGCUUGGCAGAUAUUGUCAUCGCAGACUAACAACGACAAUGAAAAUGAAAUAAAGGGACCGAAUGGACGAAACGUAAAUGCAGGAGUGUCUUCAAAUGCCAAUUUAAGAUUCGAGGAGCAUCUGCAAUCGUUUUACACGCCAUUAAAUCAGUACAAUUUUGUCGAGACGAAUGCUAAGAAUCAUAGACAAAUUUCUGACAAUUUUGAGCAAAAAACGCGAAAUCGCAAGGACGUUAAUGAAAUUUCUAAAGAAAAGGAAAGCGCUGUUCUCAGAGGAGAAUCUAGGAUCCCGAUAUUGUCAGUGCGCGAACGUCUCAAAAUAACACUGCAAAAUCGUGAAAAAUCCCUCAAUUUAGAACAUGUCAAUUCCAAUUCGCGAAAGCAAACGAAAGAUGUUUUAGAUAACAAUAGAAAUCGAAUAAAUUCACGACAGGAGAAUGUUGGGUCGUAUGCAACUAUACAUCAACGGCGAAAACGUUUUCAACAAGAAGAGAAUCAGAAUUUAAAUCAUACAUUUGAUUCGCAUUCUGGUUGUCGUCCAUCCACUUACAUGAAAGGAGCAAUAAAUAAAGAUUACAAUAGUAUUGUAAGAAGCAGAGAAGCAAUGUUCUCGGAUGACAAUUCACUUAAUUACGACAGAUUUGUGGACACCGAUAUGAUUACAGAUGAGAAUGAAAGUUUGAAUUGUAUAGGAGGACGUCAACGAUUGUUACCUAGAAACAUGCAACAACAAACCUUCGUUGAAACAUGCAAUUCGAUUCACGAUCAUCAAAGAAAGCUCGCAGAUAGAAAUGCAUAUCGGCCGUUACGAACCGCUCCAAAUCCAUUGACUCGCGUGUAUCAGGAUUCUCAGAAUUCGCAAGUGUCUACAGAUAAUGAUAGGAAUGUGAUAUACCAAGUAAGUAAAUUAUCUACGUCUUUUCCAUAUUUCGCGGCCGCGAUCAAGAACUUUCGAACGGGACCGUGGACGGAACGUGGCGGGAUGAUUUUCAAGUUCUGCAAGUGGCCGAUCGAGAUGAAGGAGCAAAACGGUGCCGUCGUCGACGAGACACGACCGACGAGCAGAUCCACUGAGCGCAAGAUCGCAAACGCCGUUUUAUUUUGUUGCCCGUGCAUUUUUCGAUGCAGAAAAUCAGUUGACGUCGGCCGCGACGGCAACGACGACAACGUAAAUGAUAACGCGUCCAUCUCGACCAUCAUCACCACGGCAACGACGCCGGUCAUCGCCUUGAGAUUGAAUCGGAACAGUGACACGGUCGAUAAGACGGCAGUGGCGAACGAAGAAGAAUUCAAUGCACGGAACAGGCAUCACUUUUCGUCCGAGACGAAGAGCUAUCACUUGCAGGGUUUGAACAAGGAGGAAUCGCGAUACCAAGAAUUUCUACGUUCCUUCUCAGUCGGCGCACGCGAACGUCCGAAAAGUGCGAGCAGUUCGUCAUCGGACGUUUCCAGAAGCGAUCGACCGAGACGAGAGGAAGAUCAGAAUGCGACGCUGCAAGAUUACAAUGGUAAUGACAACAGCGGAUCGUCAACCCCGCGAAGCCGGGACGCCGGUGAUCCGGCGUUCGAUGUUAUCACGCAACAGACGAAGAAUCAGGAAAGCGUAUCUCAGGACGAUGUCGACUCCUUUUUCGGUGGCCCACCACCAACGAAGAAUAGUUCUAUGAUAAACUUUUUCGCAUAUUUGGAGUCAUUACUUCUCGAGCGAAAGUUUAACAGAACUCCGUCAUUUGACGCAACAUUUUAUUUUCCAACAUUAAAUAUUAUGACACCGGUGGAUACCAACAAAGCAGAAUAUUCGAUCGAAACGGCAAACGCACUGACCGUGGACGAAGCGUCGAAGGAAUGGAGCAGCGAGGAUGAUAUGAAACCAACGAAUCGGAUCGGAUCGAUUUCAAGGCACUCAAAUCACAGCGAGCUAAUUAUUGUGGACGAAAACUGCAAUAGGAGCACGGAGAGUAGUUCCGGUGUUCCCGAACAGCCAGAAGACGAUACAUCAGUCGUGCGAACAAGAUCUAUUGUAUCUGCGUUAGCGAACGAAAAUAUUCUAUCUUUGGAUGAUACGAAGAUAUCCAAGGAAUCGCUACAAUCAAAGACUGCUAGUCCCAAAAGAUCAGAAUCGCUAUAUCUAUCACCUAAUCAUAGUGCUCAUCACUCGCCAAAUUCUAAUUCGCCGAUCAAACGAAAUUCUCGCUGCGGUUCACGUAAUCUGACCGAGGAUCUUAGAGAUUUUAGCGAAGACAGAAUAAUCGCUUCCAUAAUACCUGACGAAGAUGCUUCCAUUCAGUCAUUAAAUGCCGUUGGUCAUCCUUCCAUGGACGUCAAAAUGAUCAGUGAUUCAGCGGCGAUUAUCAUCGCAUCAAGAUCCCAUUCUCAUGAAGCCAUGGAAUAUAUUGAGAACCUAAGAAGCGUCGAAAUCCCCAAUUCGCGUAAGAAAAUUAGUACUCAAGAGUCUACGGAAGAAGAAUCCAGCGUGAACUUGGAGGAUACUUUGGAGGAUAGACAUAGUAAAGAUAGCGCAAGCGAAACAAAUAUGGAGCCAGGAAUAUUGAAGAUUGAGUCUGAACAUUUGAAAGAUGUUGAGUCCCAUAGAAGAAUGCCUUCAAAAGUACCGGUGCGCGGUGCUAGCAAGUGUCGAGCGUCUUCUAAUAAAAGAACUACGGACAAAUCUUUGGAAAAAUCAAAACGAAUGGUACAACAGUGCUUCACGCAGCUUGAAAAUAAAGAUUGGGAAAUAACGAUGAAGGGUCUAAAAACCCUUUCUCAGAUUUCGAAGCAGCAUCCGGAGGAUUUGGACGUCUGUGCAGCUGGAAAGGCGAUAGGAAGGCUUCUAGGACGACACAUAAAAAAUCUUCGUUCGCAAGUGGCACGAGCCGCGUGUCUCGCUGCUAGCGAUAUCUUCAGGUCUCAAAUUCGGGGUAUCGAUCAGGACUUGGAUGACAUAGCUGGGCCUUUGCUUCAUAGAACGGCCGAUACAAAUCGAUUUCUUCGAGCAGACAGCAACGCAGCUUUGGAUCAAAUGAUACAGCAUCUUCCUCCCCAUAAAACUAUCGGUAUCAUUGUACUUCGGGGAGCAAGUCAUCAAAAUGCUAUUGUUCGUGCUGCAACUGCACGACUGUUAUCGGACAUUACCGAUCGCAUUGGGCCAGAUCAUAUUAUGAUCUUACCACGCGAUGUAAAAGACAAAUUACUAAAUGCAGGUGCAAAGCUGUUAAUGGAUGGAAAUUUAGACGCGAGGAAUCAUGCAAAAAGAAUGUUUCGACGGUUGACUCGUUGUGAAGGCUUUCGAAAAGCGCUGACAGAUGCGGUACCCGAAACGACGUUAAGACAUAUCGACAAAACCAUGAAAACCUUGUAGUUGUUCUGUCGAUUAAAUCUACAUAACAUAAUCUAAUCGUUGUUUAACCGCUGCUUGAACUAUCGUAAAAGACUGUUUAUCACGCAAGAUAUUUUUACGAUCUGUUAGAAGUCAAUUUAUGGCAUAGACAUGAAUUUUUUAUAACAUACAUGGCGAGAAAGAUGUCGAUAAAUAGCUUCUCUCUCUC